AUGGGUAGUAGAGGAUUGUCAGGUGUUGUUGCAGAAAUUGUAAAAGUGUCUGGAUAUACUGCAGUUGAGCUUAUUACAAGUCUUGUCAACCAAAACACAAAGGAUGGUGUUAUUCCUAAUGACAGGCAAUCAAGUGUAAUAGUCAAUUGUUUCAAGGACAACCGUGAUACCUUAAACAGAGUUAAUUAUAGAGGGUUGAAGUGCGUUCAUGAGGUAAAGAAAGUUAUUGAAAGAGUGGUUGAUAAGUUAUUUAGAAAAAAAAUUGAUAUAAAUAUGAUACAAUUUGGUUAUGUUCCAGGGUGUCGUACAACAGAUGCAAUAUUCUUACUACUUACAGACUUACAGUUUACUUAG